CUCUAUUAAGUUCGACUAAUAUGAGAUCAAGAAGAGCAAAAGGCUGGAAGCAUUUUCUUGUGGCUAUAAGAAAGACACACCUGCAAGUAAAUAGAAUAUUUCAUAAUCCAGGUGGAACUGUUAUAGAAAAAGUGAAGAACGAGGAUCCUGAAGUCAGUAAGGAAGAAAACGUGCUAACCCUGACUGUGCAUACUAAUGAGUUUUCGGACAAAGAUAUAGUAUUUAACCCAGAAAAAUAUCCAAGAUACAGGCCAGGAGAAAUCCUUGUAUUCCAAAUUUUAGAUAAAUAAGGGAGAAAAGGGAGAUAAAUGGAAUUCAAAUAUGUCUUCAAAUCAGAAGCAAGCUGGAGCAAAGCCUCCAAACUUGGAGGUCCAGUUCGUUGCACAGAUCACAAAAAGUUCCCUCACCUCUAAUCUGAAAGGAGGCAUGAGUGUUUUAAAGACCUUAGCAGACCAUUAUGGUGUUGAUAAUAAAACUGAGAUAAGAGUCAAGCCUUUAGAGGAUACCUCUAAAUUUGAGCUUGAUAAGGUCUACUUUACCAUCAAAGACCAGUUUCUCUCCAGAAGGGACCAAUGGUACUUCUGAGAUAGCCUCUUGAAAGGAACUGCUGUGUAUCCUUUAAAGUAUGUCCAUUAUGCACAAGCAAGAUGUCGAGUUAAGACAGCAAUAAAAAGUGGCAAGGUUGUUCACUCUGGACUGAUUACAAAGAGGACUGCCUUCUCUUUCUUCAGUAAAUCCUCCCACACAACUGUAAUGAUAGAGAUGUCCAAGGAGAUGUACACAUUUGAUGACAAUGGAUACACAUACUCAGAAAGAGUAGUGAUAUUCCUUAGAAAUUUAUUUGAAAAAAUGAACUCAAGCCUAUGCUCUCAUGAGGUCACCAUCAUCAUCUAUGGGAGGCUAUACUAUCCUGAUUACGAGUCUCUAGAUGAAGUAUUCAAAGCUUUGAGGAAGGAGAAUCCUGACCUGAACCAAGAGACUUUGAAAGCACUGGAAAAAUGUUUUCACAUCACUAAAGAAAGUACUAUCUUUCAGGAUGUUUACUUCAAACUAGGUGUUUUUGAACCAUCUAGGAAUAACUGGUCGGCAUAUUUGAAGAGACUAAAGAGAUUAUUGAAUUACUACCCAAGUCUGGUAAAAUGGGAAGUCUCCAAUGAUCUUGUGAAGAGCCUGAUUAAAGCAUAUCCUGCCAAUGAAUUCAGGCAAGGACCAAAAUAUUUGGAGGACUCUGAUACUCUAUCUGAACAAUUUGUGAGGGUAGAAAAUAUGAUAAAGUGAGAAGUCAGCACUUCUUCUUAUUCUAACUUCUUAGAGGCAGUCAAUUUGGGGAUGAGACAUCUACAUCUUGAUCAAAGCACAAAGCAUGUUGGGGCACAGAUAAUGAUCAUUAGUGCUGGUAAAGGAGUUUAUAAAGUAUGACCAGAUAUUGCAAUCCCUACUAGAAAAAGAGUUCUCCAAAGUGGGAUCAUGACUCGAAUUGUUUCUCUCCAAAUACCUCCUAAUAAUCUCAAAGGAAAGCUUCAUUCAGCUAUUUUUAUUUACAAAUGCUUUUCAAACGACCACAGAAGAAAUGCUAAGUAUGAUCCAUUUUGCACGAAGCCGGAUAAGAGCGAUAGAAAAUUAUGGUAUAUGCCUUCAGGAAAAUCAAGUGAUUCAGGUAAAAGCCCAUCAAACUCCAAGAUCCCUGAAGAAAACAUUGAAGUUGAGUUCAACGAUGAGCAAUUAGUCCACGACAAAGGAUCUUUUAGAGGAAGAAUUACUGAUGAACAGGCCUUAAGUAGGCAUCCUUAUUGGAUAAAGAUGACUUAUUUCUACAACCCUGAUGGAUGUAUCACUCAAGAAUCAACUGCUGACUCAAAAAGUGAUGAAGUUUCUACCCAAAAAUCCCAGAUUGAUUCAUUUAAGCAUAAGAGACUUAGUGAAAACUCUCAUAGCUAUAAGAUUCAUGAAGGCCAGAGGAAGAGAAGGUUAAGCAGUGAUGAGGAGAACAAGAAAAUCUUGAAGGAGAGCAAGAAGCUUUCUGGUGCCUCAAACACUUCCAUUGCUAAUAUGAAAAAGUUUACACUUCAGACUACUAUUAAGAGAAGAGAUUGUAAUAAGGAGCAAAAGUAUGAUAUGAAGAGCAGAAUGGAAGAAUAUGAUAAAACCAAGCUCAAAGGUGCAAAGAAGAAGUCAGAUUUCAAUAGAACAGGGGGAUAUGUCUCAUUCUUAAAGGAAGAACCUUUUGGGGAUUUAGGCAAAACGCAGAAUACUAAAUAUGAUCCAAAGAAAAGCUUGGCAGCCUUUUCAGCUGAGCUAGAUCACUCAGAAAGAUCUAAAGGAAAGAAGCCUAAGAACAAGCUAAAUACUGCUCUCCUUCAAAACUAUUUGGUAGACUCUUAUCAAGAUACCUCUGAGAUUAGUGAAAGAAAAGACUCUGUGAAUGAUGACGACUCAGAAAGUGAGACUCAGUCUUUAAGAAUGCUCAACAAAAAGUUUAAUAAGUCUUAUGAUGAAAUACCCAUUAGUGAUACACGGAAUGAUCCAAUGCUCAAUAGCAGGAAUUAUAACAAUUCUGUAAGAUUCAGCAGAAGACUAGAAAAGCAUGGAGGAAUGUGUGCCAAAAGGAAGACUAAGAAUGGAUUUACUUCAAGAUGGAAGCAAAUAUCAAUCAAAGCUAACACGUUUUGCCCAUAUAAUAGACUUCUCUUCCAACCAAAGACGAAAGAGAAGAUCACUGAUAGCGAUUGGGACCCUUUGAUAGAUGUUCCUAUGCUUCCUCUAACAACAGAUUAUUUACCUCCUUAUUUCUCUGAUAAGGAAUAUAGAGAGAUGAACCCUUCAGCUAUUGAUACUUUCCAGUUGAACAGGAAAUCGAUUAUUGAAAUGACGAUCCAGCGUUUGUCUCAAAAUUUCCAAAUAGUUUCACAGAACGGUUCGGUCUCCUUAACAGUUGAUGCGAAGUACAAGAUGAACACUAACCUCGCACUUUGUGAGUUUUACUACCAGAGUAACAACAUGAAGAGUAACUUUUAUAUUCUCAAUAAGGAGUUGUUGUUCCGUGACCAGUCUCUAAAGCUGAACUACCUCUAUUAUGACUGCUUGUUAGACUGAUUUUCUCCUAAAAGUAUCACACAAGGGCUGCUAAACUUCAAAGUAUUGCAGAAUUUCAACUAUGACUACCAGUACAGUUUCAACAAAUGCGAUCUCCUCAGUGUGAUUUUGCCUGUGCAGCAAUACGUUGUGCUCUACACUCAAAAAGAUAUGAACUUGAUGGCAGAAGCAUGGAGCACAGAUGGGCUAGAUAUCAAGAUCAAGAACAGUAUGGCUUAUGAGCACUACCAAAGUUUCGGCCAGUAUAUUAGCAGCAUAAAGGAGGUUAUCUCCAAGAUUCCUUCUACAAAGGAAAAUAACAAUAGGACUAUUAGCAUCAGAGUUAACCAGAGUGACGACUGGAGGUCCAGAAAAUGUGCCCCUAUCAGCAGGAAAAGCAAGCAGAUCCCCUUCAAGGAGAUUGACUGUGAUGAUGGUUACGGCGGAAACGUUGAAGGAAAAUUUGUAUUCGAAUUUGACGAGUACUUCUAUGCCCUACAAGGCUUCUAUAUUACUUAUAAGUGGCUGUGGUGUAAUGGACCACAGAUGAGAGAGAAGAUCCAGAGAUUGAAUAAGAAAGCGAAACAAUAUGGGCUUACUGUGAUUCAGGUUCCUACCCUGAUGGAUAAGCCAGAGAUCAAUGCAUUUGCUAACAAUUUUGUGUUGGCUAAGCCUCAAUCUUAUAUGAUUAUGUAUUUAAUGGAGAUAGAUUUCACUCUUAUGUCUCUAGGAUACACUCUUGUUGAUAUGUUUCCAACCAAGAGAACGUAUAUACAUGAUUCUGGAUGUGCAUUUUUGCAGAUCUUCAAAAUGGGAAACACCAUAGAAUGGAAAGAAAACACAGCAAUUGCCGACCACAUAGACUCAGAUGCUAAACAAAAAGUCUUCGAAAAUACAAGUUCUUUCCUAACAGUUCUUGAAAUUGUCCUUGACUUCAUCUACGAUCAUGAAAAGUUUGGAGUUUCAGAAGAGUCGAAACGAGGCAACUACAAUACAUUUGUUUCUGCUUCUACCAAAAAUAUCCACUCUCCUGGUUCUGACUUCAGUUCUAAUAUGUUCCAAGAUAGUAUUGAUAAAAUGAUACCUGAAGAGCUAGCUUUACAAAAUAUGAGUAGCGUUAAGAAUAUCAGUCAGAAGAAGUUAGUCAAAAGUAGCUUUGGAAGUGAUUUCAAGCCAUCUCCUCAAAAGAAAUCUUUUAACAGAAUGAGAUCAAGAGAUGACAUCAAGUUUAAAAGCAAGAAAAUGUGGGCUCAAUCCAAACAACCCACGACCACAUCCAAGCUCACCAUGCAAAAAGCCUUGCCAUAACUCCCCCUAAAAUUCCCACACAAAAUCUUAGUUCAAAGCUAAAAAUUCAGCC